GGUGGGAUGAUGAGCUGAGAGCUGACUGAGAUCGGUGUUAUUAUUCGUCAUUCUCACGAUUGGCAUCUCCAGCUGCUUGCGAUUCCUAAAAUUACUGCGAGCGGUGGAAGCUCCCUCAGGUCUCAACGCACAAAAGUGGUGAUUGAGGUGUGCCGGCAUGAAUUCUUCUCGCAGUGUUCGAUCUUGACUUCCGUAGAUCGAGGUUCCAUUCCGGAACAUGCGAUGAGAUAGCCUCGGACAAGAUUUCGGAGUGAUGAGCUGGCUGAGGAAACAGGGCUCCUUCCGUCUGAGGAGACCUGCCGCUAUCCUCAAGAAUGCAGAUCCUAAGACUCUUCUUGAGGCUUUCCGAGAGCACUGCUCCCAGGCGAACGCCCUCAUUCAGAAAUGGGACCUUACGAUAAAUUUCGCGGUCCGACAAGAUGACGUUGCGGCUAUCCUCAAUCACCUGGAGCAGAUGGUCAACUAUAUCCUCGAAGAAUCCGCGGCUAAGUCAUUCACGGGUCCUCCCUCGACGGCUUCGACUUUAUCGUCGAUGUCCUCGACGCCGUCACCAGUUCCUUCAUUGAAUUCGUAUGCUAUAUCGCCGAUUCUGGAUUAUAUUCUGGACAACGACGUUCUCGAGAAGAUUCUCGAGUGGAGUCUGCAAACAUCUGAAUUCACAUUGAGACUCUUGGAAGAGCAGCUGAGGAUCUAUGAGAUCCUCACGUCGAAUUGUUCGCAACGGCUUCUAUACCAGAAAGGUUUCCUGAGUCCGCUACAGAAACUGCUUUCGAUUUGCCAGACGGAAUGUCCCGAGGAACUCGAGCGUCGGCUCGUUGCUCUUUUGAAUACAUUGUGCGUGACGCUCUCUCAAAACUCAGAUUUACUCCAAAUUUUCUUCAAUCAGAAGGAUGAUCCCCCGGACUUCGUAGUCUUUUCCUUGCUCAUACCGUUCGUUCAUCGGGAAGGCUGCCUUGGACAUCAAGCGAGGGACGCCAUCCUUCUCUGUAUGUGUUUAGCCGCGAAGAAUCACGCGCGAAUGGACGAGCUCGGACGCUAUAUGGCCAAUCAUUCAACUUUCUGUCCUGUUCUGGCCACUGGUCUGAGCGGCUUGUAUUCUGUCUUGCCGCGCAAGCUGGGUGCCCAGAGCGAGGAUUGGUUCCGAUUGACCGAUGAAGACAUCCACGAGAUCCCAGAAUUAGCAUCAUUUUUGAAUUCAUUGGAGUUUUGUAACGCCGUGACUCAAGUCUCGCAUCCCCUUGUGCGGGACCAGCUGUUGGAUUAUUUAUUACAUGGCUUCCUCAUCCCUGUGAUGGCGCCAGCGUUGUACCAAAGUAAUACCGACGAAAUAGUCACGACGACAGUAUAUCUCGAAUUAUUCCUCCGAAAAGUGACCGAGCCUCGGCUAGUUCGGGUGUUUCUACACUUCCUUAUGACGACAACAUGCGAGCGUCGCCUGCUCAUAGAUAUCCUCAUGUUGAGAAUCGGAGCUCAUUCGAAAUUAUCGCUGGUCACGAUUUCUUUCUUCAAAACACUUGUAGACUUCAACUGUGAGGAAGUCAUGUACGAGCUUGUCUUCAAAUACUUGUUGCCUUGCUCACAUAUCAUGUUGGCGCACCGGGACCGCAUUCGCGAUGUUGACACCUUCUGUGUGACUUCCCAACGAUUGUUGUCACUGACCACAUCGAAUCAGCCCGGCGCAGGGGUCAAACAGAGUCAGAGCUUCAAUGAAAAUUUGAGCUCUCAAAUUUCUCCGAACGAUCAGAUUCAAUACCUAGCUUAUAUCCUGGACGCGAAAAACGGUGUUCGAGCAUGUCGUGAUGCUUGUCAAGUUUGGUCACGCAGCUACGACGGGAGUCGGAACGAGUCUCAGCGGAAAGACAACCCGGUCAACAAUCUUCAUCCGAACGGUAACGGCGAUUUGAAGCUCCUCACAGAGGAACGGGAGGAUUCCGGGAUCUUCGUCAAUGACCAGAGGGACUUUUCCGCUGACAUCGGGCCAUUCCUGACACAAAUUCUGGUGAGGCUGGAAAUGCUGCCAAUCAACGAUGUCUACACCAACCUUCAAUUGACAUCACUCGUUGCUCGCUUGGCCUUGUAUCCUCAACCACUGCUGCGGAGUUUCUUGUUGUCGCAGGAAAUCGUCUUUCAGCCCAGCAUACGGAGUCUAUACCAGAUUUUGUGCACCUUGAGGCACAAACUGGAUCACAUGAUCCUUCAGCUAGGGAAUUCCUCAGCGCUCAUGCAGCAAGCGAGAGAAUUUUUCGCUGCCCGAGAGCAGCACAUCACGCAGCCUUCAUCAUUGAAAUCGAGCGUGUCGAAAGACAAACAAGUCACCGUCGAGCGUCCAGUGCCAGCUCAGACGCAGAGACGCAGGAGUUUAGGAAUUUUCUUCAGGAAGUUCGGCGUCUUACAACCCAUAGCAGACAACGGAGGAUAUCGAUAUAUCGCCAAACCACCUCCAGAGCGUGAUGUCUCAUCGGAGAGCAGUCAAAACUCCGCUGUCCAUAGAAAUCAAAUGACAGCCGUCUUGAGCAUGAUCGUCUUCGAUGAGUUUGUCAAGGAACUGGCGGCAAUCAGUCAAGAACAGGCGCUACAACAGCUACUCGAUGAGGUUCCCGCUGAAUGAUCAGUGGCUGAUUCUGUUUCUGCGAUGCUCUUCUUCACCGAACACGAUUUGAGUCGCCUUCGUCACGCCCGUGAAACGAAGCGUCGGUAAGCUCGCGUGACAAUACACUGGAAGGAAAAAAUGCUUUGGGCCGAAUUUGGCCUGCGGGCCGCUGGUUCGGGCACCAUUGCUCUCGCAUAUCUCUUGAUUGAUGCUCCGAUGGCGGGGAUUGAUUCAUGUCUGCGUGGCCUCCGUGGUGAGUGAGCUACUGGUGAUCUGUACAUAAGUGUUAAGCCCCAAUUGUGACUUUGAGAUACGAAGGAGAGUACUUCUUCAUAUUUACACCUUAUACUGCCGACCGAACGUUCGGAGUCAGCGUGAGAAAACGUGCUACACACGGGAGGAUUUCGCUCAUCGGCUAGAGCAACUCGGAACGAACCUGGAAUGUCCGCUUGGUUCGCGAUGAAUCGAUCCUAUGGCAGAGAGAAGUCAUAUUCGAGGAUGGAGUGAUGCACAGUUUUAGAAUGAGAUUAUAUGACGCAGCUUUGUAACGUACGCAUAGACCAAUUAUAUUUAUCAUCGGCGAUAUUUCUGAGAAAUGAGGCUUGACUAUUAAAGCCUCGUCAAUGAUCACACGCCGCGGAGGAUGGAGCUAAUCUAAUAUUAGUCGAGAUUUCGCAAUAAAAUAAAGACUUCU